UUUCGCUUUGUUUCUUCCUCUCUCUCUCUUUCUCUCGCCCGGCGGCAGAUCCGAGUGAACGUGUUGGACAAGAACGAUAGCCCACCGACAUUUCGUGACGUUCCGUUGGUCUUUUCCGUGUCAGAAGAUUUGGCCGUAGGACAGACGGUAGCCCAGAUAGCUGCAACCGAUCCGGAUACGCUGGGCACCUUGGAGUACUCGCUGGUGAAAGGUGACACCGGCAAGUUCCUGCUGGAGAAAAGCACCGGUCUGUUGAAGCUGCGCGAUACGCUAGAUCGAGAAACCGAGGACACUUACCGGCUGGUGGUCAGCGUUACCGAUGGCGUCCAAAGCACCGAAACUACUGUUACGGUACAGGUCACCGACACCAACGACAACCCGCCGUCGUUUUCCGAGGCAGCGUACUCGUUCGACAUUCCGGAGAAUGCGGCCCGUGGCUUCCAGGUCGGUAUGAUUUCCGCCAGCGAUCCGGACCUGGGGACGAACGCCGCCGUCACCUACACCGUCAUUUCAGACUGGGCCAACGAUGUGUUCUCGCUCAAUCCGCAAACCGGGAUCUUCACGCUGACGGCGCGCUUGGACUACGAGGAGGUACAACACUACAUUCUGGUGGUGCAAGCGCAAGACAACGGGCACCCGAGCCUGUCCAGCACGCUGACCGUGUACUGCAAUGUGAUUGAUCUGAACGAUAAUGCUCCGAUUUUCGACCCGAUGAGCUACUCCAACGAAAUCUUCGAAAACGUUCCAGUCAGCACCGAUGUGGUAACGGUCAGCGCCACCGACACCGAUUCCGGAGUUAAUGGACGUGUCCAUUACAGCAUCAGCGCGGGCGAUGACAAUGAGGACUUCGAAAUCCUGAACAACGGUACGAUCCGCACUCGAAGACUGUUGGAUCGCGAGACGAAGGCCAGCUACAAUCUGAUCGUAACGGCCCGGGACAACGCCCGGGAACCGGAGAAGCAGCUUUCGUCCACCGUGCAGGUCACCAUCGUCCUCAAAGACGUCAACGACAUGGCUCCAGAGUUUGUCACUCCCAACGAAACCAGCGUGGCCGAGAACAUUCCCCUGAACACGGUGAUCAUGGCUGUGAAGGCCGUCGAUCGUGAUGAAGGUCGCAACGGGUACGUCGAAUACGCCCUGGACCCGAACGUGCAGACUCCAUUCACGGUGGGUCCGGCCGACGGGCUGCUCCGUGUGUCCGGGCGGUUAGACCGGGAAACCAAAUCCAGCUACGAGCUUACGAUCACCGCCAAGGAUCGAGGCGAACCACCGAAAGCCACUCAGUCCAAAAUUACCGUCCACGUGUUGGACGAGAACGAUAAUAGUCCGAUCUUUGACCCCAAGCAGUAUAGUGCUGCUAUAGCGGAGAAUGCCAGCAUUGGGGCUAGCGUUCUGCAGGUUUCCGCCACCGACAUCGACGAGGGCGCUAAUGGACGGGUCCGUUUCUCGAUUGCGGCCGGCGACGACAAUCGAGACUUCACCAUCAGCGAGGACAGUGGCGUAGUUCGGGUGGCCAAGAAUCUCAACUACGAACGCAAAUCGCACUACACCGUAACCGUCAGGGCCGAGGAUUCCGCCAGCGAUACGGAAAAUGGCGAAGUGCGCUUCGAUACGGCCAAGCUGUCCAUCACUAUCACGGACAUCAACGAUAACCCGCCGACGUUUCUGGACUCGCCGUACCUCGCUUACGUGAUGGAAAAUGUCAUCCCACCGAACGGAGGAUACGUCAUUACGGUGAAAGCCUACGAUGCCGAUACGCCACCGUUCAACUCGCAGGUUCGUUACUUUCUCAAGGAAGGCGAUACGGACUUUUUCAAAAUCAACGCAUCGACCGGUGAAAUCUCACUGCUGCGGGCGCUCGACCGGGAAAUGCAGGCCGAGUACAUCCUGACACUGGUGGCAAUGGAUACCGGAUCCCCUCCGCUUACUGGAACAGGCACUGUUCGCGUUAUCGUACAAGAUAUGAACGAUCAUAGCCCGGAGUUUGAACGCCAGAGUUACCAUGCUACCGUUUCGGAGAAUCUUCCGCCCGGUACCAAAGUCCUUCGUCCACAAGCCAGCGACAAAGACACCGGAUUGAACGCCAAAAUCCGAUACACCCUAUUGGGAGAACACUCGAAGCGAUUCGUCGUAGAUCAAGACUCGGGAGAGAUUUCCACUGCCAGCACCCUCGAUCGCGAAGAGAUCCCACAGUACCAUUUCACCUUGAUGGCCCAGGACAGCUCAACCACAGAACCACGGGCAACUGUCGUCAAUCUCACCAUCACCGUAUCCGACAUGAACGACAACAGUCCAGCAUUUGAUUCUGCUAGCUUCCAUGUCAACAUUCCCGAUCGUAUCAAGCGCAAUCAGUUUGUGUUUGGCGCCAAAGCCAUCGAUCUGGACGAAGGCAUCAACUCCCGUAUUUCCUACUCGAUCAGCGGAGCGGAUACGAACAAGUUCCGCAUCAAUGAAAACACCGGAGUCAUCGAGGCAUCCGUCGAACUGUCCCUCCCGGGACAGAACGCCGAUCGAGUUUUCAGUCUCAUCAUUGAAGCUCGCGAUCAAGGCUACGAUCAAAAAUCAACGAAAGCUGAACUGACCAUCGCGUUGAAAUCUGCUCACCUGUUUCCAGUUUUCUCGUACUUGUCGGAAACUCAGUUCAUUCUACCGGAAGAUAUCGCUGAUGGUAAAGUAGUGACUAAAAUAUCCGCCACAUCACCCAAAAAGGGUCCCGCAGGAAACAUCAGAUAUGCUAUUGCCGGUGGAAACAUCGGCGAUGCUCUGAGGAUCGAUCCCAACACGGGCGAGGUAGCGGUCAACAAGGGUGGACUCGAUUACGAAACCAACCAACAAUACGAAGUAUGGAUCGAAGCGGCUGAUUCAGACAGGCCCAGUCUACGAAGCGUAAUGCAACUGGUUAUCAACGUUACCGACGCGAACGACAAUGCUCCGGAGAUGGAAAAGCAGGUCUACACGGCUGAAGUCAUGGAGGAAGAAUCACCCGGGUCAUUUGUAAUAAAAGUACAAGCCACAGAUGCGGACACUGAAGAGAACGGACAACUAACGUAUAGUUUGAAGGAUGAUUUCGAUAGCUUCGAAAUCAACAGCGAUACUGGUGAGAUCUACACGACAACGAGACUAGAUCGGGAGGAUAUUCCACGCUACGUGCUCAUUGUGGAAGCAGUCGAUCAAGGCGUGCCCCAACUCACGGGAAGCGCUACUGUUCUGGUCAACGUGCUAGACAAAAAUGAUAAUCCGCCGAAAUUCACUCGUCUAUUCAGUGUCAACGUGACAGAGAACGCCGAAAUCGGAAUAUUUGUCAUCAAGAUCACCUCUUCCGAUUCGGACAUUGGAAUCAACGCAAAUGCAACGUACAUUUUCACGGAAAACAUCGGCAAUAAAUUUAUGAUUGACUCCACAACCGGAAACGUUACUGUAGCUGGACAUCUUGAUCGUGAACAGCAAGACGAAUACAUACUCAAAGUUGCUGCCGUAGAUGGAGCUUGGAGAGCCGAAACACCGCUCACAAUCACCAUCCAAGAUCAGAACGAUAAUGCUCCCGAGUUUGAGCACAGUUACUACAGCUUCAACUUCCCCGAGCUUCAAAAACCUGUAACUUUCGUCGGCCAAGUAAUAGCCACCGAUCGCGACAAGCAUGGUCCCAACUCAGUGAUAUCCUACUCGCUUCAACAACCAUCGGACAUGUUCUCAAUCGACCCCGCCACCGGAGAAAUCUUCAGCAAACGAACCAUCCACUACAAACACACUCAGCUGGAAUCUUCCCCGGAGAACAUGUUCAGUUUAACCGUUCUCGCCACCGACAACGGCAAGCCACCGAUGUACUCGGAAUGCCUCAUCAACAUCAAUGUGGUCGAUGCCAACAACAAUCCUCCGGUGUUCGUACAACGUGAGUACCUCUCACCGGCACCAGAGGGCGCCAUUGUUGGACAGAAGAUAGUCCAGCUAGUCGCACGUGACGAACUUGACUUUGGAGUCAACGCCGAAAUUGAAUACGUUGUCACCGGGGGUAAUGGAACCAGCAACUUUGUUGUCAACAAAAACGAUGGAUGGAUCAUUGUGAGCAGUACACUGACCGAGAGUCCUGGCAGGGUUUACACUCUAAACGUACGCGCUGUGGACAAGGGUGUUCCUCCUCAGCAAGAUGAAGUUGUGGUGACGAUCAUCAUCACCGGCCUGAACAAAUUUGCUCCGGUGUUCCAAAGUCCGUCGUAUCAGGUGAUUGUACCGGAAAGUGAGCCCAUCGGAUCUACGAUCUUGACUGUAAGUGCUCCGGAUAACGAUGACGGCCCGAAUGGAAUGGUACGCUAUGCCAUCACCGGAGGGAAUGAGCGAAAGGAGUUCGCCGUCGAUAGUGCUUCCGGUGCCAUCACUAUCCUUCAACCGCUGGAUUACGAUCUUAUCCAAAUCUACCAACUGAACAUUACGGCGGAAGAUUUGGGUUUCAAACCGAAAAAAUCCAUGGCCAUGAUCACGGUAACGCUAACCGACAUCAACGACAAUGCUCCAACGUUCAACCAAACCGAGUAUGAUGCCUUCCUUCCGGAAAAUUCCCCACCGAAGACGUUCGUCUACAAAGCGGUUGCCCAUGAUCGCGAUUCGCCCAAAAACGCCAUCAUCCAUUACUCGAUCAUUGGCGGAACGGGACGAGAUUUGUUCUCGAUCGAAACCGUCACGGGAAUUAUCAGAUCUAAAGCCACUUUCGAUUACGAAGAACACAACCGUUAUACGCUGGAAGUUAUGGCUAUGAACCCCGAUUCACCAAUGAAGAAUAAAACGAAAGUGAUCGUACAUAUAACGGGGGUGAACGAAUUCUAUCCCAAAUUCAUUCAACCAGUGUUUCACUUUGAUGUAUCUGAAUCCGCCGAAGUCGGAUCGAACGUGGGCAUCAUUCAGGCUACGGACAAAGACGCUGGAGAAGACGGAAAGGUGUACUACUUGUUGGUAGGAUCGAGUAACGAUAAAGGAUUUAGCAUUCACCCGGAAACUGGAGUGAUGGUCGUCUCAAGGAACCUAGAUCGCGAAACACAAUCGCGUGUUGUGCUUACGGUAUUGGCUAAGAACUUUGGAGGAAUACGAGGCAAUGACACCGACGAAGCUCAGGUUAUCAUAUCCAUUCAGGAUGGGAAUGACCCACCGGAAUUUCUACUCGAUUUUUACGAGGCUAAUGUUUCGGAAGGCGCUCAAGUUGGAACGCGAAUCAUCACAGUAAAAGCCGUUGACAAAGAUGUACGGCCGCAGAAUAACCAGUUCAGUUACUCGAUCAUCGGAGGUAACAAUGAUCACUCCUUCAAAAUUGAUCCUCAAACAGGUCAGAUUGAAACAUCCCGAAUGCUUGAUCGUGAGACCAUACCAAUCCACAAGUUAAUUCUUGGAGCUAUUGAUACAGGAUCACCACCACAGACGGGAACCACGACGGUUAAGAUUACCGUAACCGAUAUCAAUGACAACGGACCGACGUUCGAUACUAAGGACACUGUUGGAACAGUGCUAGAAAAUGAACCUCCACACACAGUGAUCAUGACGCUUGCAGCGAGUGAUCCCGAUCUACCACCAAAUGGAGCACCCUUCACCUACAACUUGGUCGGAGGACGGCAUACAUCACUGGUCACACUUGAAAAGCAUUCCGGAGUUCUGAAGACAUCGCGGAGCAUUGAUCGCGAAACGACGCCACAGCUUGAGUUACUCGUUGAAGUAGAAGAUAAUGGUUCACCCAAAAUGAGAACUCAACAUACAAUUACUGUGAACGUUUUGGAUCAAAAUGAUAGUCCAUCGACUCCAAGGAUUGUGCAUGUUCUGGUUUAUGUGUUCAACAACCAAAUCAACGGAGACAUUGCCAACGUACAUCCAAACGAUCCAGACACAACAGGAGAUUAUCGAUGUAAAAUUUUGAGUGAUCUCAACAAAAAUCCAAUAACAACUUUCACCAUAAGCUCAGGGUGUAAACUCAGGCCAACCUCGGCGUCACUUCCUAGCAAUGGGCAUAGUUUCCUGGUGUCCGGGAAUGAUGGAAGACACGCGGAUGUUGUGUCCACCGUUAGCGUAGAGUUCCUUCGAUUGGACAAUGUCACUGUGGAAAACUCGAUCACCAUUCGAAUAGAAAACAUGACCAGCAGCCGAUUCUUGGCUAACUAUUACAGGAACUUCAUAGACAUUCUCAAAUCCUCGAUCGAAAACUCCGAUGAACUGAUCGUUUACAGCUUGCUUGAUGUCGAAAAAGCAACAGAUAUUUCAGUUGCCGUGUCGAACAGCAACAAGGGAUUCCGAUCGAAGAAAUACAUGAGCGAGCGAUUUAGUAAGAAGCAGGACGCGAUCAAUCUCCUACUACAGAGCUCCAAGAUCACAAUAGACUUCAUACCGUGUGAUACAAACACUUGCGACAACGGUGGCAUUUGCUACGAGAAAAUCAACGUCUACGAGGAUGUUCAAAUCACGGACAGUCAGUCGUUGAUCUUCACAUCGCCCUUGGUGAAACACGACUUCAGAUGUAAGUGUUCCGAUGGUUACACGGGCCAGAAAUGCGACAAGCGACAGGAUCCUUGCUCACCGAAUCCAUGUCAAGCUGGAGGGCAAUGCCGACGACAGGGCUACGAUUUCCAAUGCUCGUGUCCUCCCAAUCGAGAAGGCAAAUUCUGUCAAUUGGAACGCGGAGAUAUCUGCUCAAGUAGUCCCUGUAAAAACGGUGGUUCAUGUCGGGAGAGCUCGGAUGGGUCAUCGUUUUUCUGCCUUUGUCGGCCAGGCUAUAGAGGAAAUCAGUGUGAAGCCGUUGCCGAUUCAUGCCGGCCCAAUCCAUGCCUGCAUGGUGGAUUAUGUGUGAGCUUGAAGCCGGGCUACAAGUGCAGCUGCGUAGAUGGACGAUACGGAAGGCAUUGCGAAAAGUCAACUUUCGGAUUCAAGGAACUAUCGUACAUGGCGUUUCCUGCGCUGGACUCGGCUACAAAUGACAUUUCGGUGAUCUUUGCUACGACCAAACCGGACGCUCUUUUAAUCUACAAUUACGGCAUUCAAAGCGGCGGUCGAUCAGACUUUGUCGCAAUGGAAAUCGUCAGCGGACGAGCGGUGUUCUCUUUCGGAGGUGCACGAACGGCCAUCACUUCGCUGGUUGUGGGUCAAGGAGCUUCUAGCGGGAAUAAUAUAUCCAACGGAAAGUGGCAUAAGAUCACGGCGACGAGGAAUGGACGAGUCAUGUCCCUGAGCGUUUCCAAAUGCUCAGAAAACGGUGACUUCUGCGAAGAUUGUAGACCUGGAGAUUCAACGUGCUACGCGGACGACACCGGUCCCACUGGAACGCUAAACUUCAACAAACAUUCCCUGUUGGUGGGAGGACUUGCAUCAGCGGAUCCCGUUUUGGAACGACCCGGCCAGGUUCACUCCGAUGAUCUUGUGGGUUGCGUGCAUAGUGUUUCAAUCAACGGCAGAGCGCUAAAUCUGAGCGCUCCCAUCAAGUCAUUUGGCGUCGAAUCUACGUGUAGACGAAGCAGUAAUGGAGGACCAUGCAGUCUCGGACUACCCGAUGAUCCGGCCCAUCCUCUGUGCGGUCCGUUUGGACAAUGCAUGGAUCGCUGGCACACGGCCAUGUGCCGUUGCGGUGGAACCAUUCUUUCGCCGGACUGCUCGAAUUCUCUGGAGCACUAUUCGAUUGCGGAUGGUGGAUUCAUAGAGUUUGAAAUAUCUGAAAAGCACAAACGAAUGCAGUUGCUGGAGAACAUCUACAGUGGGAAAAAUAUCUGGAGUUACGAUGUAACGCGGAACAAACGCUAUUCGAUUAAAACGGAAAACAUUUCCAGUUUGACCAUAGCUGAGGAUCCUCCGAAGUACAUGAGUAUUCUGUUCAAGACCAACAAACCGAAUGGCCUGUUGAUUUACGCUGCCACCAAUAAACAUUACACAUCAAUAGAACUGAAGAAUGGUAAAAUCUUCUACAACUCACAUCAAGCUUCAUAUGUGAACAUAACGGCGUCGACUCCGGAGAAUUUAGCCGAUGGAAACUGGCACAACGUAACGCUUCAUGCUCAUAACCGUAUACUGCAGUUGAUAGUCGACGGUAGGAACGUUAUUGAAGAUCUUGAUUCGGCCGGAGUUCACGACUUCCUAGACCCUUAUCUGACUGUUCUGUCCAUUGGAAAUGUCCGAAGAGAACUAUUUGCAAAUGAUGCCAUGCCCACAUACUUCCAAGGCUGUCUGGCUAACUUUACCAUCAACAGUGAAAUUCAGCCAUUCAACGGAUCAGGCAGCAUUUUCAGGAAAGUAGUUCACCGAGGAAACGUCAUUCCGGGCUGUUUGCUAGCUGGGUUGGGAGCGGCACAGGUUACGGAUCCACUAAGCAUUGGAGUUACGCUUGUGAUCAUAUUCUUCAUUGUGUUGUUGGUAGCAAUCUUGCUGUCAUUCUUAGUGUUCCGUUUGCGGAAGCAGUACAAGGAGAAAAGUGGAGGCCUUGGCGGUCCCUCGGCCAUCCAUUCCAAGCAAAACGGAGGUUCGACUCUUUUAAGCACGUCUCAGUUGGUAUCGUCGGGCAAUCAUAGCGACAUCGGAAGAGGUCUACACGUCAACGAUUUGUCGGUUGUGGGAUAUCAUUCCGAUAACAACGAGAUGUUACGAGGAGUGGGAGGUCAUCAUCUGGUUGGACCCGAAUUGAUCUCUAAGAAAUACAAAGAACGAGAUAUUACUAACAGUGAACCUCAGAGACCACAGCGUCCGGAUAUAAUUGAGCGAGAGGUAGUUAGCAAGAGCCCACCCUUGAGGGAAGAUCAUCAUCCUCCGCUACCACCCCCAAGUCAGUCACAUCAUCCACACGAUCACACAAACCCUGUAGAUCUUGGCUCCGAAUAUCCUGAGCACUACGACUUGGAAAACGCCAGCUCGAUUGCUCCAUCAGACAUUGAUAUAGUUUAUCACUACAAGGGAUAUCGUGAAGCUGGCGGAGUACGUAAGUACAAGGCAACUCCACCUCCAGUAGCGACCUACACCCAUCACAAGCAUCAGACUUCGGCUCAACAGCAGCAUCGCCAUUCGCCACAUCACGCUGGUCCGUAUGCCCCAAGAGUUCCACCGCAGGCUAGCCAACCACCGCCAUCAAAUACUCCUCGUCCACAUCAAACAACACCACUAGCACGACUAUCACCCAGUUCGGAACUCAGUUCCCAGCAACCCAGAAUCCUCACCUUACAUGACAUCUCAGGGAAACCGCUACAGAGUGCCCUCUUAGCCACCACUUCCAGCUCUGGUGGAGUUGGAAAGGAUGCUCUGCACAGCAACAGCGAACGAAGCCUCAACAGUCCGGUGAUGAGUCAACUGUCUGGACAGAGCUCCAGUGCUAGCCGGAAAAAUCCUGGUGUGCCUCAGCAACCUCAGAACGUCAAUUCUGUGGUUCCAGGACCCAUGGGUCUUACGGCUGAGGAGAUUGAAAGGCUCAACUCACGUCCGCGGACAUCCAGCUUGGUGUCAACGCUCGACGCCGUUUCCAGUAGCAGUGAAGCUCCACGAGUGCCAGCUCCUCAUCUAACCCAUAUGCAUCACUCACCGGCAGUCGAUGCUCACAGUUCGACGUCUACCGAUGAGUCCGGUAACGAUAGUUUUACCUGCUCGGAAAUCGAGUACGACAAUAAUAGCAUCAAUGGUGACAAAUACACCAAGAACCGAGACGACACCAACCGUCGAGUGGUGAACGAUAACAACAACAGCAACAAACCACCACACCUACCACCGUCAUCUUACGAUGGAUUCGACUCUUCCUUCCGAGGUUCGCUGAGUACGCUCGUGGCGUCCGACGAUGACCUCUCCAGCCACAUGGUGGGAAUGUACCGGCAACCGAACGGAGCAUCACCAUCAGCCACGGGUUGGGACUACCUUCUGAACUGGGGACCCAACUUUGAAAGCCUGAUGGGGGUGUUCAAGGAUAUUGCCGAACUACCCGACACGGUCAACGGAAGAGUUCCCAGCUCUCUGCGAAUACCAGCUGGAGUACAGAAACCAUCGGAAGAAUACGUGUAGCGCACUGUAGACUUCUUAUCACACGAAUAACGAUUUAAAUAACGUGUAAAUACUAGCGACAACUGAAUUUUAAUUGGUACCUUCUGAGUAUGCCGAAUGGGAAGAAAGGAAGACGUGGAAAGAAGUGCAAACCAACACUUUCCACACUCUCAUUGUGUGCAAAUUUUUGCAUUGCCUUGUAUCAAGGUACGACCUCGAGUUCCAUGUAUACAUAAGCAGUAGGAAGAAAUCGCUGGAGAAAGAUGAAGUGUAAGAUAGAGAACAGCAAGCUUAAUAGUAAUAACGCCAUCUACUGAAAACAUUUGUACGUAUAGGCAAACUGAAAAGUCCUCCAAAUGUGCAUUUAUUACCAUGACACCAGGCGUGUGAGUUUAAGCGUCCCCUUUUCGGCCCAUCGUUCCAUUGGAAAUUGAGCGGGCUCGAGCGGGGGUUUCGAUUUAACUAGAAAACUGAAUCAGUGCUAUGUUUUAUAAUAGAAGUUGUACACAUAAUAAGAUAUUCGCAACGUUUUAAACUGUAAAUAGGCAAUUUUAGCUAAACAAAAAAGAGAAAGAAGAAGAAUCAUCGUAAACUAUCUUGCCAUAUGCUUUUUCGAGUUAACGGAAACUCUUUUAACAAUUUCGUCGCUAGGAGUAUAGAUUAACAUU